AUGCCUGCGGUUACCAACACCAAGCUCUUCGGUGGAGCAGUUACAGCUGACAUUCCGUCGCUCUUUAUCGAUGCGAGUCAGUUCAGACAAGUACCUGACAACCAAGAAGUCCUCCUCGAUACGUCCGGCAAAGAGGACCGCUCAAUCAUCAUCGAAAUCCUAGAACGCGUACCAGAAAACGACAAUAACGCUGCAAAGGCGCACUUUGACGCCCUCGCCCACGACAACGAAGCCGAGGACAAUGCCCAGGUAUUGAGCGUGGUACCCUGCUCAACUGAAGAGAUCCCACAUCUACCAAAUAAUGUGUCAGCAUACAUCCUCACCGGGACUCAACAAGUCGUCAAGUUCUACCCUCGGCGUCGCGGAUCAGAGGACCUUGUGAGUACCGGGCACGCGCUCUCGCCCGCUCCAUUUGUGGUUAUCCUCCUUGCACUCAUCCGACUUCCACAACAAGAAACCGACAUUGUUAUCAGUAUGAACAUUGAUUUCAUCGAUAUGGAUGAUAUGCUCUCUGUCGCAUGUCUGGGUGUGCCAUCGGAGACUGGUACGGACACGGGCCUAACGUCUGCGUUCCCACUGAGCGGCGGUACCGGAGGCGCAACGAGGAUUGAGAAAGCGAGGCGGGAGUUGAAAGCUAUUCUGAGCAGUUUCGUAAUUCAGGACUGGGGCCUCUUUGGGGGGCAAUAGAUGGUAAUGUCGAUGGGAUGAGGACGAUGAUAUAGACUGUUCUAUAAGGAUACCCUAUUUUGCAUAGAGAGCGAGCGUGG